CCCCUUGCCCCUGGCCCACCGGCUCACCAUGAAGGAGGUGUUUGACGCCGAGGGCCGGCCGCGGGUGGACCUGCUCAAAGCUCACCUCACCAAGGAGGGCCGACUGGAGGAAGCUGUGGCCCUGCGCAUCAUCGAUGAGGGCGCCGCCAUCCUGCGCCAGGAGCGCACCAUGUUGGACAUUGAGGCGCCAGUCACGGUUGAUGACCCGAAUGCCACAUUCUGGUGGGACUACAUGACUAUGGUCAGCAUCGUACUCUGCUUCACAAGAGCGCAACGUGAUGGAUUGUGGGAUCUCCACCUGUAUGCUUUCAAACGUAUGCUGCCCUUCUUCUUCAGGUUCUUCAUGACGGGGUACCUGCCGCUGGGCUUUGAGUUCGGAGUGGAGAUCACUUACCCCGAGUCUGAGGGGACGUCUUCGGGACUCCUCAACGCUUUCUCUCAGGUAUCGCACAGUGGACUCUAUCACAGUAAGAUCAAGUACUCGGAGCAGGUGUACGACUCCUGCAUGGAGGCGUUUGAUUGCCUGCCUCUGGCAGCCCUGAUGAACCAGCAGUUCCUGUGUGUGCAUGGGGGGCUUUCACCAGAGAUCCACACGCUGGACGACAUCAAGAAGUUGGACCGAUUCAAGGAGCCCCCGGCGUUUGGGCCCAUGUGCGACCUGCUGUGGGCCGACCCCCUGGAAGACUUUGGCAACGAGAAGACCCAGGAGUACUUUGGCCACAACACAGUGAGAGGCUGCUCCUAUUUCUACAGUUACCCGGCAGUGUGUGAGUUCCUACAGACCAACAACCUGCUGUCAAUCAUCAGAGCGCAUGAAGCACAGGAUGCUGGGUAUCGUAUGUACAGGAAGAGUCAGACUACAGGUUUCCCCGCUCUCAUCACAAUCUUCUCUGCUCCAAACUACCUGGAUGUCUACAACAACAAAGCGGCGGUGCUGAAGUAUGAGAACAACGUGAUGAAUAUCCGUCAGUUCAACUGCUCUCCUCACCCCUACUGGCUGCCCAACUUCAUGGACGUCUUCACCUGGUCGCUGCCUUUCGUGGGAGAGAAGGUGACUGAAAUGCUGGUCAACGUCCUAAGUAUCUGCUCCGAUGACGAACUCAUGAACGACGGAGAGGAGAUCUUCGAUGCCAGUGCAGCAGCAGCCAGGAAAGAGGUGAUCAAAAACAAGAUCCGAGCCAUCGGGAAGAUGGCUAAAAUGUUCUCUGUUCUACGGGAGGAGAGUGAGAACGUGUUGACCCUGAAGGGACUGACUCCUACAGGCAUGCUGCCCAGCGGCGUGCUCUCUGGGGGAAAACAAACCCUGCAGAGCGCUACCAUUGAGGCCAUUGAAGCCAUCGAGACAGUUAAGGACGCUGAAGCCAUCCGAGGCUUCUCUCCGCAGCACCGGAUCAGAAGCUUCGAGGAGGCCAAAGGUCUGGAUCGGAUCAACGAGAGGAUGCCUCCGCGCCGCGAAGCCGUCAACAGCGUGGGGCUGUCGAUGGGUCGCUUGAACAUUGGAGAGCCCAACGGGACCGACAGCAACAGCAAUAUACAGUGAUGGACACACUCUCCCACAGACACACACCUGCAGAUACAACACCUCUGAUAUGGUACCCAAUUUACAGAUAUGUGUACAUAAGCAUAUAUAAAAAAGCACCACACACACACACACAGUAUACCAUAUAGGCUACAGAUAACACACACACACACGAUUAACUACCCCAUUCCCGUUGCCCUCAGCUGUAUCUAAAGGCAUGGUUGACCCGGACUUUACCACCAAAAGGCUGAGUCUCUUCACCGGACUGAUCGGCCCUAUUUAAAGAACUACAACUCCCAUGUACCUGCACAACAACAACGGAAGGAACUACAAAAACUCUCCCUGUGCAGAACAGGAGCAGCUGCUGUGCACCGUGUACGUUGGUGACCACUGACGGAUCGACAGUGUCAGCAUGACGUAGCUGUGUGUUGUGUCAGGAGUGUUUCCACGCGGAGGAGGGGGCGCUUAUGGCGCAUUUCCACUACAGUGCGGAGCGCGGUUUAAGCGUGCCGUGCCGUGCUGUGCCCGGCCCGUUUUU